UUAGCAGUUGGAGCUUGCGCAAUCUGUUUUCCCCGGCCCUGGCUGCUGCUGCUGCUAGUGUCUCUGUUUGGUGUUGUUGUUGUCACAUUAAAGGGGGGGCAGAAAAGAAAGAACUGACGAAGUUAACAUAACCCUGAGUCUGUCGCAUGAGGUUACUGGGUGAGCCCCUCCCUGCCAUGAGAGCUGACCACCAGGUCACCAGCCCCCCCUCCUUCCGCAGUUGAUGGAUCUGCAGCUGGUCCAGAGAUGACAGACAGCGUCAGGGCCUUCCUCCGCAAUGUUGCGACGGGGAUCAAGGACUCCAUAUUGGGGAUUGGAACAAUCUCCAAGCUGGAUGCCCGCAUCCAGCAGAAAAGGGAAGAGCAGCGGAGGAGAAGGGCCAGCGGGGCCCUGGCACAGAGACGGGCACAGAGUGAGGAGCGCAAACCGGACAAUGACCCCAAAGUAGCCAGCAGGAUUUUUCAGUGCUGUGCCUGGAAUGGAGGAGUGUUCUGGCUCAGUCUGUUUCUCUUCUACCGGGUGUUCAUCCCAAUGCUGCAGGCUCUCACAGCAAAAAUCAUUGGUGACCCCUCCCUCCAUGGCAGUGUGUGGUCCUGGUUAGAGUUCAUCCUGACCUCCGUCUUCAGUGCUCUCUGGGUUCUCCCUCUGUUCGUCCUCAGCAAGAUAGUCAACGCCAUCUGGUUCCAGGACAUAGCUGACCUAGCAUUUGAAGUGUCUGGAUGUAAAGCGCAGCCGUUCCCCAGCGUCAGUAAGAUCAUCGCAGACAUGCUGUUUAACCUUCUUCUCCAGGCACUCUUCCUCAUUCAGGGCAUGAUAGUUAGCCUCUUCCCCAUCGAUGCCAUUGGACAGAUGGUUAGCCUCCUCCACAUGUCUCUGCUCUACUCACUGUACUGCUUUGAGUAUCGCUGGUUCAACCAUGGCGUUGAGAUGCACCAGCGGCUGUCCAAUAUUGAGAGGAACUGGCCCUAUUACUUUGGCUUUGGUUUGCCCAUGGCUCUGCUGACCGCCCUGCCCUCCUCAUACAUCAUCAGUGGCUGCUUGUUCUCCAUCCUCUUCCCUCUAUUCAUCAUCAGCGCUAAUGAGGCCAAGACGCCAACAAAGCUGUAUCACUUCCAGCUGCGUCUGUUCUCCCUGGUCGUGAUGAUCAGCAACAAGCUUUUCCACAAGACGGUCCACCUGCAGUCCUCCCUGACAUCGUCCACCUCCUCGGAGAGGCUGUCGUCUCCCCACACCUCGCCGACCCGCCAGAGACCUCUUCCCACCCAAUGAUGGAUCCACUUGAAGGAAAUAGGAAAGCAAGUCGAUGAGUGGCUUCACUCAAUGUGAAAAAAGUGAUUCUUCCACACGGAUUUCCUUUAUCGAUGAAGAUGAUAUGUGGUUUAUGACAAAGGGUUUACAUGUUUUUAAUCUAAUCUCUGUCCCCCUGGGUUGUUCAUUUGCAGAACCCACCAGACACAUUUUACAGUGUGACACAAAAAUCGACUGCCCCGUGCCUCACACUCAAAAAAACACAUUAUAUACUCAGCUCUCGACCUGUUUUAUUUUGUGAAUUUUCUUUCAUUGUUUUUUUUUUUUUUUUUUUUUUUUUGUAUAAUGUGCCAUUUGAGUGACUCUCCUUUAAUAAAUUACAGCACAAGAAAUCAUGUAGUUUUAAUAUGUUUAGGCAAACUUGUGACGGAAGGGUUUUUUAACUGAAGGGGCUCGUCUGCAUUCAGAGGCAAAGCACAGUCUUGUUGUACCUACAGUAUAUGUUCUCUUGAUGUUGCAAGUCACAUUCCUUCCUCACAGAUUGAAUGUUUUGUUGCACAUGGAUACGUUUUACUGUCAAAUGAUGGCGCCUUAGCAGGUCCAGAAAUAACCUUGUAUAGUUAAAAAGGGAGGCUGCUUUUUUUAUCCUGUAAGAGCUUUGUUUUUAGUAGAAUAUACAAAUCAGUUCAGGAGCUGCUAUGAAAAAAAAAGGAUUGGUGACCUUAGUAAAGGAAACCAAAUCACAAAGUCACUCUUGUUGUGUGUGUUGACUGAAGGUUAGCUUGGUGUCUCAUCCCAAAUUAAAUCUCACUCCACUGUCUGGUGGUAUGUACAUGUUGCAAAUCACGAGGUGACACCAGCAAAGGAAAAGCUGCCUAAGCGUUUUUCAGUCUGUGUGAAUUUAGUAGGUGAUAGGUGAGAUGACACUGCCAAACUGUUGCAUCUGUGUUUUGUUUAUUUCACUUCAACCACUACAAUGCUAAGCUCUGUAAUAGAGGAAGGAGUCACAUAGUUAACGUCUUUAUAUCUUAACAAAUGGAUGAUCAGCCUUGACCCGCUUGCUCUAGUUUGCCCUUAGAGAGCUGAAGCAAACACAAUUGGUCCCUAUAGAUCAUCGGCUGUUCGAUUUCUGUGCUGUAUAUAAUGUUAAUACGUCCCGAAUCAGAAGCCCACCACCAUGCAGCUACCCCAGUCACCCUUUCUCUCACUCAUCAGAGCUCAUGGCCAUGGUGAGGGGCCAGGAUUUUGAAACGGUGUGCAAUUAUUGUAAGAAGAGCAUAGUGUUUGUGCAGACUGAUGUAUGUGAGUGAGGUUUUGUAAAAGUAAUACGUCUAAUUUCAAUAAAAUUGGUCAGUAUUCAAUA